UCCACCUGCCUCGGCCUCCCAAAGUGCUAGGAUUACAGGCGUGAGCCACUGCGCCCAGCCCCCAAGUCUUUUAACUCAGAAUCUACCACUUAGCAUGAUCACUGGGCAAUUUGUACGCACUUUCAAGUUCAAGAAGCCUUGCGCUAGGAGUCCCAUUUCAGGUACCUCUUGUUGAAUUUCAUAGAACUAGAGUCAUCAGGCUAAGUCACAUGAGAGCUAGUUAUGAGUCUUCUGAUCUUUGAAUUGAUGUCAAAAUUUUUAUAAAAAUACCUUUUCAUUAGGUGGUAACCAAGAUCUCAGAAGAAAGCUUACUGACGUGUUAGUUUUCAGUUAUCUGUUGCUGCAUAACAAACCACUCUAAAACUUAGUGGUCUAAAAUGACAACUGUUUACCUCUCUGAUUCUGUGAGACGACUGGCACAUUUGGGCAGUUCCUCUGCUGUAUGUAAAGGGGCUACAUUUGCAGCCAUUUGUGAGCUCAGCUGGGCUGGAAUGGCCAAGAUGGCACAUUCCCAUGCCUGGCAGCUCCAUGGGGGGACAACUGGAAGGAUGGGCUCAGCUGGGGUAGCUGGGCCUCUUUCUCGCUCCCUCUCUCUCUCCAUGUAGAUUCAGAGCAUCUCCUUCUCCAUGUGGCCUUUCCACAUGCUCUGUCCAGUAGGGUAGCUAGACUUCUUGCAUGAUGGCUUGGGUUUCCAAAAAGAGCAUGGAGGUGGAAGCUGCUAAGCCUUCCUGAGUCUUAGGCCCAGAACUGGCACAGUGUCAUUUCCAUUGCAUUCUGUGGUUUAAGGCAAGUCACGUGGCCAUCCCAGAUUCACUGCUGCAUGGUAGAGGGGAGAGGUGCUACACAAAGGCAUGAAUUCCAGGAGGCAUGGUUCCUUGGGGCCAUAUUCAGAACCACUACAGUUAUGUCAAUCUCCAGUCAUUCAAUUUUUGGUGUCCCAAGUCCAGUUCUAGUUCUGCUACAUCAUAAUUUUGUUUUUCUCACUGCUUUUCUCAUUACAUGUGUUUCUUCCUUCUCUUGAGUAGGAAAUCUCCUUAAGUACAGCAAGCCAUCUUCUUCCUGGGAAGAGUCCAGGAAAUAUUUUCCUAUAUUGUGGUCCUUUCUUCCCCCAGUGAACUGUAGUGUCAUGUAGGAAGUCCAGCUACCAUGCUGAAGAGACCUUGUGCCCUGGGCCACACUAAGGACUCCAUUGCAAAUUCUGGAGCCAGGCUGCCUGGGUUGAACUCACAACUCUGCCACGUAAACUCCCAGUCCUCUAUCUUCUCAUCCGUAAAAAUGAGUAUUGUUAUUUUCCCAUCUUUCCUUUUGGUCCUUGAGCACGGAGGGGGGAACAAGGUCAUGAAAACAAGGUCUUAGUGAGGUGCCGCCAUUUCAUCCGUCCUCGGUCUGCGCCUUUCGCAGAGCUUCCAGCAGCGCUAUGUUGGGCCAGAGUGUCCGGAGGUUCACAACCUCUGUGGUCUGUAGGAGCCACUCUGAGGAGGGCCCUGGGAAGAAUUUGCCAUUUUCAGUGGAAAACAAGUGGACGUUACUAGCUAAGAUGUGUUUGUACUUUGGAUCUGUAUUUGCUACACCCUUCCUUCUAGUAAGACACCAACUGCUUAAAACAUAAGGAUGUUUCAGUUCAUCCAUUUAACAGAUAUGAAGAGCAUUUUAAGAGAUGCAGCCUCUGGAAAUGGAUCAAACUCUAACUCUGUGGCAUACUAGAUAUGUUUGUCAAUAAACUUAUGACGUGAAUGCUUAAUGCCUCUUUUUUGAAAUAGGGAAUGUAAUAAUUGGCCAUUUGCCUACUUUAUUAUUUGGGUAACAUUCCAGUAUGACUCUGUGAGUUAGCUUAUUUAAUGGUGUUAAACUGAGGUUAUAUUAAAUUUUUGAUUCCCAGGUCAGGAUUUUAUUGGUAAUUUAUAUAAUAAAAGGGAAAUACAAAUCGA